AAAGAUUGAAAUACAACUCAAAAUGCCUAAGUGAAGGGGAUUCCUUUGUGCCACAUCCAAACCUUUCUGAAGAUGUUUCAGCUCAGAAUUCUUUGCGCACUGCUGUCCUUCAGCAUCGCCUUGGGGGCAAGUAAUGAGUCUUCCUUUCAAGAACAAGGAGCAACAGGGCGUGGUACCAGAAUAGUAGAGCAUAAAACUCAAUCUGAUUGCAAAUCUGAUAAGGAUUGGCCAAUAUGUACUGAUGACAAUUGGGGAACUAAAUGUCCCUCAGGUUGCAGGAUUCAAGGACUGGUAGAUGAAACAAAUUAUGAUUUUCAAAACAGGAUAGAAAAGAUUAAGCAGGCGAUUUUGGAUAACCAAAGUCGUUACAAGUCAUCCAAUAUUUUGAAACAAGAAAUUUUUAACUAUCUGGAAAGAUAUCUGCCCAGUGAACAAGAAUUAGAUAAGAGCUAUGGGCAAAUAUCUGAUGAUCUAAGAAGGAGAUUGGUGAUACUGAAACAGAGAGUUGCUGAUAAAGUUGAAAGGAUUAAAACCUUGCAGAAUUCAAUCCAGAAUCAGGUUGGAGAGUUGAAACGUUUAGAGGUGGACAUUGAUAUUAAAAUACGUGCCUGCAAAGGAUCUUGUGCUCGUAUUUUCAACUACAAUCUGGACACUGAGAGUUAUGGAAACAUACAGAAGCAGCUCGUACAAGUUAAUACCAUUAAAUUUGAAUCAGAAGAGGAAGCUGUUCCCCUCAAGUCAUUGAAAAUAACACAAGUGAAGGAUUCUACUGCUCCCAGUCACUAUAAAUCUGGUCUUCUUACUGAUCAGGAAGCAAGUAUACUUGACAGUAUAAAGGUGUUUAAGGUAGUAUUGGAAGAUUCUAAAGGAUCCUUACCAGACACAAAAUAUGAUAUUCCUGGAACAGGGGUAGCUGGAAAACCAUCUACAAACAAAGCAAUAAUAAGACCGUCUACUGAUGUUCAUACCAGCCAUACAUGUAUCAAAACCAUCACUAAAAAAGUCAUUCGUGGUCCUGGUGGCUUAAGAGAAGAGACAGUUGAAGAAUUUAAAACUCCUGAUGGUUCAGAUUGUUCUAAUUUGCAAGGUUUCAUCAGUGGUGGAAGUGGCUCCCAUGACUUUGUUCCCCAACAUCCAGAUGCAGAUUCCGGAACCCCAUCAUUCAGCCACACAAAAAAAAUACAGGAAGGGGACACUUUCUCAGAAAUAGGGGAGGAAGAAUUUGAUGACUUCUCAAGAUUAGACCAUUUAUCCCAUGAAAGCAAUACCAAGACAAUUGUAGAGACCAAGUCAAGAAGAACCUAUGAAUCCAGUCAUAUUGUAGAAUUACAACAUGAUGAAAAUGCAGAGCAUAAUACAGAUUUAGAAGAACAAAGCUUGAAUGCAGAGGAGACGCUUGGGAAAGGCAACAUCGGGAAAGACUGUGAGGAUAUCCACCAAAAACACACUUCUGAUGCCCAAAGUGGCAUUUUCAGAAUCACGCCAGCAGGAUCCGCUAAGGUUUUUUCAGUUUAUUGCGACCAAGAGACUACUUUGGGAGGAUGGCUUCUGAUCCAACAGAGAUUGGAUGGGUCAUUGAAUUUUAACCGGACCUGGGAAGACUACAAGAAAGGUUUUGGCAGUUUGGAUGUCAAAGGGAGGGGAGAAUUCUGGCUGGGCAAUGAAAAUCUCCAUAUCCUGACCCAGAAAGAUACUGUCCUUCGGAUUGAACUAGAAGACUGGGAGGGUGAUAAAGUUUAUGCAGAAUAUAAUAUACACAUAGGUUCUGAGUCAGAAGGUUAUAGACUCAGAGUCUCGAAUUAUAAAGGGACGUCAGGGGAUGCCCUGAUCAAAGGAUCAGAGGAAGAUGGCACUGAAUAUACAGCUCACACUAACAUGAAAUUUAGUACUUAUGACCGAGACAAUGAUCGGUGGGAGGAGAAUUGUGCUGAGGUGUAUGGAGGUGGCUGGUGGUAUAACAACUGUCAAGCGGCUAAUCUCAAUGGUAUUUACUACUCAGGUGGUCAGUAUGAUCCAAGGAACAAUGUUCCUUACGAGAUUGAAAAUGGAGUGAUUUGGUUGCCCUUUAGGCCAACAGAUUAUUCUCUCAGAGUUGUACAAAUGAAAAUUCGGCCAGUAGAAACAGACUAG